UUUGGUAAUUCUGUACAACAUUAACUUAGCAAGUUAAAAGGCCCAAUUUUUCUCAAAAAAGAAACAAAGAAAAAAAAAAAAGGUUGAAAGGCCAAAUUUCUGCCGCCAAAAUAAGUGUUCUUCUAUUAAACUCAUAUCAUUCUUAUUCGUUUACUUCACAUUCUAAAUCAACAACAAUCAAAUCAAAUAACCCCAAUUCUCUUCAUAAAAAACAUUCUUCAACAAAAUCAACUUUAAUCUUUCUCUUUUUCUCUCUCCUAAAAAUGGGAGAAACUACAGCAACAACGAUCAAGAACUCAACAGCAAAAACCCAAAACAGAGUAAUCUUCUGCUUAUUCUACUUCAUGCUCUGCAUCAUCACUCUAUCCGCCAUUUUCUUGCUUUCGAAACCCGACUCGAAAAUCCAAGAAACGUCUCAGACACCCACAAAUCAGCUCAAUUCACUAAACCCCAUCAUCAAAUCAGCUUGUUCUUCCACUUUCUACCCUUCCCUCUGUCUCUCUAUUGUCUCUUUUUCCCACUUUACUACCCUCGAUCGCUUCCUUGAGGCCUCGAUCAACCACACUAUCGGCCUCGUUUCGAGUUCUCAGCCUGAAAUUGUCGAUUUCUUUGUUCGGCAACUCCUUAAUUCACAAGAGAAGACUGCUUUUAAUGACUGUCUUGAUAUGCUUGAUCAGACUUUGUAUGAAUUAGGCCAAGCAAUGGAUAACCUCCGUAGUUCUUUCGGGGUUUUUCGGCCGUAUUAUGGAGAUUUGAAGACCCUUUUGAGCGCUGCUAUGACUAAUGAGAAUACUUGCAUUGAUGGGUUCUCUGAUUUGGAGGGAAUUGAAUCAAAAUUUCAUCAAAAAAAGGGUCUCAGAAUUUAUCUUGAGAUGAAAUUAAAACCCAUUGUUCAAAUGAUUAGCAAUAUCUUGGCAAUUGUAAAACAUAUGGAAGAAAGCAUAAAACAAGAAAAAGAUGAUCAGUUGUUAUUGGAUAACUAUAAGCAGUAUUAUUCUUCGGUUCAAAGAUCAAAAACCGGGUUUCCGCCGUGGAUGAGUAAGAGGGAGAGGAGGAUGAUGGGAAGAAGGAAUUACAGAAUUAAGCCGAAUGUCGUGGUUGCGAGCGAUGGGAGUGGGAAUUACACCACAAUUGGGGAAGCAAUAAAAAUGGCGCCAAAUAUGAGUUCGAGUAGGUAUGUGAUCAAAAUUAAGGCGGGGAUUUAUAAAGAAAAUUUGGAAAUUCCAAGAAAUAAGAUGAAUGUUAUGUUCUUUGGAAGUGGGAUUAAUUCAACUGUAAUUAGUGGAAACAGGAGUAUUGUUGAUGGGUAUUCAACCUUUACUUCAGCUACUUUGAGUACGUCUCUCUCUUUUCUUCGUGUCUCGUUGAUUUCGCCUUUGAUCUUAGACUAUGUUGGAAUUAUUAGGCUUCUAAUUAUUGUUGGGAAAAUGAUUAUGUUUUUAUUAUCUGAAAUGUAUGAUACAGUAGGAACUGUAAUUGGAGACAGGUUCUUGGCUAGAGACCUGACAGUAGAAAACACGGCAAGUCCGGAGAUGUACCAGGCAGUAGCAAUCAGAGUGACCUCUAACUCUGCUUUCUUCCGAUGCAAUUUCACCUCCAACCAGGACACUCUCUACGCUCACUCCCUCCGUCAGUUUUACCGAGAAUGCAUCAUCCAAGGUACCAUUGAUUUCAUCUUUGGGAAUGCAGCAGCCAUCUUUCACAACUGCCAGAUUCUAGCCCGGAAACCUAUAUAUGGGCAGAGCAACAUGAUCACUGCUCAGAGCAGAGAGGACCCUAAUCAGAACACAGGGUUCUCUCUCUCCAACUGCACAAUCAGUGCAGCCCCGGAUUUUUCUCUUCCUGAUCGCAGAAGAUCAUUUACCUUUCUUGGUCGACCAUGGAGGAACUACUCAAGGACAGUCAUAAUGAGGAGUUAUCUUGGAGACCUGAUACAUCCACAGGGAUGGUCUCAAUGGGAUCAAUACAGCAAUUUGGAUACAGUAGAAUACAUCGAGUACAUGAAUACUGGACCAGGGGCAGAUACUAGAUAUAGAGUUAAAUGGAGAGGAUACAAGAAGAAUUGUACAGAAGAUCUAGCAAAGAGAUUUACUGUUGGAGCUUUCCUGCACGGUCCUGACGACUGGCUGUAUACCACUGGGUUUCCUUUGUUCCAUGAUCCAUGA